GAAACCAAAAGCACCGACGAUCGGAAGUAAAUAAGGGCACAACAGCGGUGACGAAUCCAUCGGUCGAUCGAUCGGCUAAUCCAAUCCGUUCCAAUCCAAUAUUGCACUCCAUCGCGAGUUUCAUUUCGCAGGCAUAUCAUGGUUUCGCUGUACAAAAGAGAAGCACUGCUCGCAGAGGGAAAAGCUGCGGCGUUGGUAUUGUUGGUCCUCCAUGUGUUCGCGUUUGUCGUCAUGAUGAGCUAUCGGCUCCACACCCAACGCUAUUAUCUAUCGCAGGCUGCCAUUUCUAAGGAAUGGGUCAGCCAACUUUCGGAAUCAGAGGAUUCUGGUACUCUACCGAAACAGAAAAGCGGGACUCCAGUCAACAGUCCACUCRAGCGCUUCGAAGAACCAAUGCAACAACUUAUACGCAGGUUGGAAAAGGGGCAGGGUUCGGUGGGGCCCAAGAGGGAAAAGACAGCCCAGCUAGUAAAAACCACUAGGAAACUCACCCAGAAGCUCAAAUCACUGGAAUCUCCGACCGAGAAAGAUGCCGGGUCGGACGAAAGCGACGACCACGACGAAACGUCACAAUCCGCACUGCCGAACUGGAGAAAACUCGUGUCCGUCGGUUCACUCAAGGACAUUCCAACCAAAGAGCUAGCGACAAUAUUUGGCAAUGCCACGAAAGAGAUCCAGGAAAUCGUCGGAACCAAAAGAGAGAAGAAACUGAUGAAACAGUUCAUUCUCGAUACAGCUGCCGGUUCCAGCAUUGUGAAAGAACCAAGCAAGUUUGUUUGCCCGGAUCUUUCGACAGACUCUGGAGAUGACGACGACGACGAUCUCAACGAAACCAAGAAACUACUAAAGGACGCUGCUUACAAAGAAGAUCUGAAAGACUACCUCGAGAAAUUCGAUGCAAUAUUUGCCAACCGUGUUCAAGCCAAGGGCAUCGAGGCGCUACUACCAGAAUCAGUGAAGAAAAUAGAAACGGAGAUGGAAGAGCAACUAGAGACUAUAUUCGAUACUAUCGCAGGUUUCGCAGACACCCUCGAGGAUCAGCUCGAAGAAUUUGAAUCUGAUGAUUCAGAACAAACUGAGAAAAAACUUUCUUCUUCGUGCAUAAAUCGAGAGUUGGUUACAGCGGUGAUGGAGGCGGGACUGAAUGCGCAAAUAACCAACAGCGAUGUUCGGGAGGCCCUUCGGAAGACUAUACUUGCACUCGAUACCAAAACCUCCGAAAACGAUCUCAUCCUAGACGCUGACCUGAAGUCCAAAGGCAGAAACCUCGGUUCUGUCAACAGUGGCCCGGUCAUUAAGAGCAUCAACAUACGAUCGUUGGUUGAUACACCCCUUCUCAUGAAAUCGAUUGGUUGGAUUGAUAUGUUGGUAGACGCAAUUGGAGGGUACAGCGACGAGUUGGACUCUUAUCUGGAUUCUCUUGCYAGCUUUCACGGGACAACUAGUGUCGGGGAAAUCGUGGUGGAAAAACUUUUGGAUGAAGCUGGGAGGAUGGGGGAAUUGGACGCACAGAAAUAUUUGAAAAAGUUGMAAGACGUCGUUSGAAAGUAAUAAAUCCUCUGUGCUUCCCGGGCCAAAACAAGUCGAUUUUGAUUCGWCAAUGCAAUAAGAUACGCAGUACAUGUAAUAUAUAUUGAUGGAAGCUAAACAGUAUUACUAUUUACUUCGAAUCCGUAGUAUUGACGCGAGAAAAAGAUUUUACUUCGCUUGUGGAYCGCAGUGGCGUUCAUUAUGGCGUCCCGUGUGUCUCUUUCUCAUCUGUUCAUCUUUUGGAGAAUCCUUUCAGGCUCAGUUUCUUCUUCACGGGGGCAGGAGUGGUUGCSACAGCAUAACCGCUCAUUUCUCCACGCACCGCAUACUCCAAGACGGCUCGAUCAUGGUCGGCCAUCCUUCCCAUGCUGGCUUUGAAAGGUAUCGGUGUGGUUCUGGCCACAUGGGUAAUAGCCUGUGCGCACAUCCGCCCAAUCGAUGAAUCCGACAAUGGUCCCUGGGGCGGAGGGUGGUUUGGAAGUCCAUUAAAACGGAGGACGGCAAUGAGCACCUCGAACAGAACAAYAAGAAAUUCCGUUGUAUCCUCCGACUCAGGGAAAUCUGUCGAACAUUGCUGRUACGAAGCCAAGGCAAUCUUCAUGCAGCCGGCACAAGCAGCGACUCUGUGCGAUUGCAAUUCUACAGAUGGAUUGCUCAAGGAACCAUAUGCCUGAAAGACAGAAAACACCUCGGCGCCCAGAGCUGAUAGGAUGCGUCCGGUCAAAGCGUUUGGAGGUGGAUUAUUUUGAACCAUUUCACGAAUGGCUCCCAGGGCACCGAGUUGCUCUUCUGUAUUGGUUGGAUUUAGAAGCGCCUUUUCUAUUUCCAGCAAGCUUUCCUCGGCAGCGAUUCCGUCAUUGAUCUUCACCGCUGACGACCAUGCACUCCAAUUCCGAGAUUUUGCAAGACCCAGAGUUAUURCUGAUAGUUCUGCUGUAGAGGUUGACUCGUGAUUCAAACACUUCACCAGAAGCUCCUGCGACGCAGAAGAUACUAAAGCUGAUGAUUUCUCUGGUCGCGUCAAGAGUGACAGAGCAAAAGGCAGCAUUGCUUUCGCUAACGUAGAAGGUCCAUUGUUUCCUAUAAUUCUUGCGACAGCAUUUAAACAUGCCGCAACUAUUUCCGAUGCAAUAUCGGACGUCACAGAAAUCUCGUUUUUCUCGAGGAGAUCCAGYGGGCUCAGCAGGGUAACGAGAAAUGGACAGGAGUCCGAAUCUUCUUCAAACGAGAUUGUUGCUGAAAAAGUCACUAGCAAGGCGCAUGAUCUGACUAUUAGUUUGGUCAUGUCUUCGUUGUCAUAUCUGCCUUUACCACCUCCCCUCUGAAAUCCAUUAUUGACCAGGGCAGGCAAAAGGAUAGAUUUGUAGAUUUGGACUGCGGAAGUUUCAAUCUCAUGCUUCCACUUUUCGCUCAGAUGGGAUAUAUUGCCGGAUCCAGAUAAAGUGCUCAAACCCGCCAAGCAACAGCAAGCAACUUCGCAGGCAUCRACUUGUUUUGCCCAAGAUAUUGUUCCCUGCCUACAUGAUUCACCGAYAGCUGAAAUUGCGUCGUACAAGCCACUGAACAUAAAUGGGAUUACUCUCU